AUGAUUUUCGCUUCACUUCGAGUAUUUACCAGGUCAACUGCUCUCGGAAAAUCGUCCUUCUAUUACCCAUUUACAGUGCUCAGUGAUAUAGCUGCAGAACACCGUGCCGGUCAACCGUUUGGCAAGGGCAUCUCCGCAUUCCAUGUUUGGGCCCUCCUCCUAAGUAAUGCCAGAAGCCUUGUUCACGGCAAAGUCACCGCUGCCUUCAGCUGUCCCUUUGUGUUACUGUCCAUUGGCCGAGUUCUCUUCGUCGAUAUCUACAGAACUUUUCUCAUCCUGGGUCUUGAAGCUAGUCCCCGACUGCGUAUUCCAGUACAAUAUAGGCACGAAUCUACCUAA